CAUGUCAUCGUACAUGUCAUCGCCAGACUUCUUCGGGUGGUUACCAAGCCUGCUUGGCAAGAUGGCGACCGCCAUGUGCAACGCGGCGAGGUACGUUCUGAUCAGAAAGUUUAAUUUCGAGGGGGCGAAAAAACGAUUAUUUCAUUCAUUUGGAAUCAAGGAUGCCUUAGUGAAGAGGCUGGCUAACUUACGAAUCGAAAAACCGACAGCAAUUCAAGAAAAGGCCCUAGGACCAGUACUUGAAGGGAAAAACACAGUAAUCAAUGCUGAAACAGGGAGUGGCAAAACACUUUGUUAUUUGCUUCCCAUUGUCAAUAAACUUCUUGUGGACAAGGAGGUACUUUCAAAGCCACCAUAUGCGCUUGUUCUUCUGCCCAGUAUUGAACUGUGCCAUCAGGUUGCCAAUGUGUUUCAAAGUUUAACUGAUGAUACAAUGCAUCCAUGCAUUGUUCAUAGAGAUUCCAGGCUGCAAAUUAAUCCCAAGUACCCCAUCGUACUGGCCACGCCCAUUACCCUAUUCACUUACAGUCUCAAAACUCUUAACAAUGUACAAGUGGUGGUUACUGAUGAGGCAGAUCUUGUGAUAGCCAGUGGAGGAGAUGACAUCUGGGAAAUUCUCAGCUUUUUUAAGGGUGUUGAUAGCCUAAAGAAGCAAAGGAAACAACAAAAGCAUUCAGCGAGGCAGAAAGCUUUACAAGGAAGAAGUGAUGCUACAGAACGGGGAAGUGAUUCUAUUGUGCCCAGGUCAAAUGAAAUUAGAACAAAAGGUUUGAACCAUAGUGGUAAAAAUGUGAGUAUUCAGGCGGAUGUUUUACCUUCACAAAGGCAGUUUGUGUUUGUGGCUGCAACUCUGCCUUCACGUGGUAAAAAAGCAGUUUACAAUGUGCUGAGGAGAUGGUUACCAGAAGCAGAAUUCGUGUCCACUGAACUGGUACAUCAUACUGUGCCGACUGUGGAUAUCUUUUAUGUCAAAGUACAAGAAGCUCUUAAACUGCCUGAGCUUCUUCGUUGCUUGAAUUCUUUUGUUGGAAUUAUUAAAUAUCCACUGACUGGCAUGGGAAAGAAAAGUAGUGAUGAAGUGAUGGUUGGAAAUGAGGGAAAUGUUGGUGCUAGUGCAAAUGGGUCUUCAGAUCAAGACGGGAAUGCAGAAAUGUUUUUCGCCAAAGAGAAACGUGACAUCUCGGCUACAGAGAAAGGACACUUUGUGGAUGGAACACGUGAAGGUAAAAAAGAAACUUUUCUGGAACCGGUAGGUUUAAUAAAUCUCCGAGUGUUAGUAUUUGUGAACACACCAAAAGCAGCCGAGCGAGCUUUUAACUUUCUCAGUGAUACCACAGAGGAAGGAGAGGGUGACUCUAUCCCUUGGGAACAUGUUAGUCAGCAUGACAAAAUUAUAACUACAUGGCAAACUGUUCAGGAUGAAUUUGAUGAAGAUGGCACAGCUGCACAUGAACACGUUGUGACUCAUACUGGCUUCAAGGAUAUGUGGUUAGGGAGAGUUGGACGGAUUCAUGGCGAUAUCCCGCCUUCUGAAAGAAUUGAAACUUUAAGAAAAUUCACCUCGGGAGAAUGGCGGGUCUUGAUUUGCACUGAUCUGGCCUCGAGAGGGCUAGAUAUCCCGGAUGUAAGUCACGUGAUUCAGUUGGACUUUGCCUCCAAUGCAGCGCAAGUGCUGCAUCGCACAGGACGGACAGCAAGGGCAGGCGCCUCAGGGAAAGUAAUAAAUUUUGUUACAAAAGAUGACGAAGAUCUGGCGAGAGCUGUCCGAGCUUGUGAAGAAUCUCCGAACAGUGAUGGCUAUCAAGCCACUUUCAGCCGAAACCGAAUGUUCAGGAAACGUGUGAAAAAUAACACUAUUCCUUUAGCUGACAAGCUGUAAUGGGCUUGUUCCUGACAAGGGCUAGGGAAGAUCUGGUGGUCAGUCCUUGUCAACUCACUUGUGACCCUUGUGUGCAUGCGGCUGGCAAGAUGAUCUCCCAACAGCUCAUGUUGUCUAGAGGAAUAUGUUAUUUUGUAGUUGGGGUCAAGUUUCCUCUGAAUGUGUCCAAGAGGUGGCUGCUAUUGUUAAGCAAAUGUUGUGCUGUAAUACCUAAUUGAAUGUAAACUUGACUUUUCUUGUGAAAUAUCGGGACACAAUCACGGGGAUUCUUCUUCACGUUUUGUCAAUACGGUGUUAAAUUUGGGACAAAGUACCUGUCAUACACGAAAUGCUGCUAGAACACCAGGGAUAAAGAUCUUGUCAGUGAAUUCUUGAAGGGACCGUUAUUUGAGGUUUCAUUUGAUGUAAAUGUGAUGGGUUUUAACGUUUGGAAGUCAUGUUCAUAUGACAGUGUCCCUAUUACUACUAAUGAAUGCCCUGUUUUAUUAAUUAAUGGUUCUUGCUCAGGUUGGGCUGCUUCCUUUAAUCAGCAGGCGUACUAUGUACACUGUAUCUGCCAAGGUGGGUGGGAACCUCUAUGAGAUAUUUUGAAAUCACGCAAUUUUGCAACAAUGAGGAGGACCAUCAGAGUGCUCGAUAUGAAAAUCUUCAUCAA